GAAGGUGGAGGAAGGGUAUUAAGUUAAUAUUUAUUGUUGUGGAAUGGAUGGAUGGACACAGUAGCAUCAAACAAGUUAAGAAUGAAAUGUCGUACGUACAAUGUACAUACAUAAUUUUGCGUAUAUAUCGAAAUGGUAAUUACUUUCAGUGUCAGUCUUCAAUUUGGGUCGGAUUAGAAUUGUUCAUCGCGUGGACAAGUUCCUAACUUGGAUUUUUUUUGGAAGUUGUUGUUUAAGUUGUUGUUUACCAUUAAUUUUAGUUGUUUUCGUCGCAUUGUUUGUUAUUUAUCAGUGAAUGGCUCAGUUACAAAGGGUCACGACACUUUCGUUUUCAGACGCUUGUAUUCAUCAAAAGGAGUCCGAGGCAGAGAUUAUUAUGGAUAAACUACCUCCCACCACCACUGGAGAAAACGGGUACAUAAAUCCCGCCUUCAACGGAGUUCCCCCCGUCCCCACGAUAAUAAUGGAGGAGGGCCCUUUCGAAACCAAAGAUCACACUGAAAUCACCUUGAAUGGAAACGGUUUCACUUCGUUGCCCGCCUACGUCCGAGAUGACGACGCCGUCGCCGCCGUCGUCGUGGUCAACGCGUGCAAAAGUUUUACACAUGGGGCUAAAUCGAGACCUGUUCUGGACAAUUUUUGCAUGACGGUGAAACAGGGAACAAUAUACAGUUUGUUGGGUUCUUCCGGCUGCGGAAAGACGACCCUGCUCACCGCCGUGGUCGGCAUGAAACAUCUCGAUUCUGGAAGAAUUUUAAUUUUUGGCUCGAAAACGGGCACCGUGGCGAGUGGCGUGCCCGGAAAAAGGAUUGGUUACAUGCCCCAGGAGACCGCUCUUUACGGAGAUUUCAACAUACGCGAAACGCUAACCUACUUUGGAAGUUUGUACGGCAUGAAAAAGUCACAAAUCGACAAAAGUAGAGAAGUUCUCAUGAAUCUGCUCAGCCUGCCGGAAGAGACUCGGAGAAUUUCUACUCUCAGUGGUGGACAAAAACGACGCGUAUCACUCGCUGUGUCGCUUAUCCAUUCGCCCAGCCUCCUUAUCCUCGAUGAACCGACCGUCGGCGUGGACCCCGUUUUGCGCGAUAAUAUUUGGCAGCACCUGCAAAAGAUGGUCUCCAAUGGGCACACUACUGUAAUUAUUACGACGCAUUAUAUUGGCGAAGCGACACACAGUAAUACGGUCGGUGUCAUGCGUGGCGGCCGUCUUCUAACCGAAAAAUCUCCAAAGGCCCUUUUUGACGAGUAUAAAACUCAAAACCUUGAAGAAGUCGUGCUCAAAAUAUGUCACGAUGACGAACGUGAUUCCCUCGGGUAUGGAAGGUCCCGCUCGAAAUCGGGCAACAUUCUGAAAGUGACGGUUGACCGGAGGUACAGCCAUCCCGCCAAGAAAAGGGCUUCCAUCUGUAACAAUAACCCGGGUGGGGGAGAAUUCGGAGCUGCCUGGUACAAGGCGCCCACGUGCUUGGAAUCCAUGUUCGACUCCUUCUCAAGGGUCAAAUCUCUCAUCAUGAAGAAUGCUUUUGUAAUGUUGAGGAAUAUUUUUCUUGUCCUAUUCGUGGUUUUAUUGCCUGCCAUGCAAACCGUGGUGAUGGGAAUGUCGAUGGGAAACGAUCCCCGACCGAUAAAGGUUGGCGUGGUCAAUUACGAUUACGAAGGAGAAUGCACCUUGAAACCGGUCAAUCUUACGGGCGACAAUUGUGAAGUGGCGAAUUUGAGCUGCAUGUAUCUCAGCACUUUGCCGUUGGACACGAUACAAUUGAGUUAUUACCAUGAUGAAGAAUCUGCCAGGAAUGACAUCAAAUUGGGAACGAUUAAAAGUUUCAUGACUUUUUUGGAAGGCUACUCCACCGCGAUGUAUGAACGAUCCGUGUCCAGCGUUUCAAUUGAUAAUGAAACCUUGCAAACUUCCAUGAUCCUGUUUGAAAUGGAUGCCUCGAAUGCCGUCGUUACCAAAUCCCUGCAAAAGAUCGUGUUCGAAAGUUACAAAACUUUUGUGCAAGGAUUACUCCUUAAUUGCGGGUUAAAUCCGGAAUUGGGCGGAUUGCCGAUCAAGUUUCAAAAUCCCAUCUACGGACGGUACGAUCUCGAACUGCGGGAAUACGUCGCAGCCGGAAUGCUUGUCGGAGUCGCCCUGUUCUUCCCACUCUGCAGCAGCUGCAUUACAUACAUUUGGGAUAAAAAGCAAGGUACCUUGGAACGAGCACGUGUCGCCGGGACGCAAACCUGGGAAAUCAUGUUAUCCUACUUUGCGACGGAAGGGAUCGUUUUAUGCAUGCAAACUUUGGCAUCUUUCCUCAUCUUGAUAUUCAUUUUCAAAAUUACCAUCGUCGGAUCGUCCUAUUUAGCCGUGCUGCUGAUCCUCCUCAAUGGAUUUGCGGGGAUCAGUUUGGGUCUGCUAAUAGCGUCAUUUUGCAAGGAAGAAAUUCAAGGAAUCUUGCUAGCCAUGGCCAUCAUUUUCCCAAACUUUUUCCUAGCUGGGUCAAUUUGGCCGGUUGAAGGGAUGCCAAUUAUCCUUCAAUAUGUAUCCUACGGGCUUCCGGGGACUUUAGCGUGCGAAGCGUUCCGUUCAAUUGUCGUUCGUGGGUGGGGAUUUAGUCACAUCUACGUCUGGACUGGAUUCCUCUCCACCUUCGCGUGGGUCUGUUUGUACUGGAUUCUUGGUAUAUUCGUGCAUAAAGUAACGCUUCGGAAAAAUUGAUAAAAAAUACCCCAAAACAUAUAUUUUAAGUUUUAAUUUUGUUUUCUAAGCUAAUUAAAUCCAUAGUUUAGCAUCAGCUAAAUUAAUUUUAUUCUGUUUAAAUGUACAAGUUUUUAUUUUAUUUCUAUAUUAUGUCCAGAAUAAUUGAUAAUUUUUUUACAAAAUAUUCCACAUUUUAAUUCUUUCCUAAUAAGUUAAUUAAAUGCAUAGUUAUUUAAGUUAAUUGUAUAUGCGCAAAUUUUUAUGUAUAAGAAAUCAUUUUUGUUUCGCGAUCGCGACUACAAAAUAUUUUAAAUUUUAAUCGUUUUCUAAGUUAAUUAAGUUAACUUUAUAUUGCUUUGUUUAUGUAAAUGUGCAAAUUUUUGUGUAAUAAUCUCACGUUGUAUAAUACUCAAACGGACGAAAGGAAACCGACCAUUUCAAUAAAUAAAGAAAGAAAAAAACGAAUUUUGUAGGUA